AUGGCGGGCCCGAACGAGUCAUCACAGCUUUUACUCCAACCAUUAAAUUUCGACACUUCGUCGUCGCCUGCUCCGAGCACUGGAUAUGACAUGGCCCAAAGUGAUAUCUCUGAUGGGAGACGGGAGGAAGCCACUUCGGCCACUAGCGGAGAUCACGGACAUAUCGAGGCUAUUACAGGAUGGGACGAUGAACGCCGCACGGAGGCAUGUACCGAGAUCACCGGCCUGUUGAUCCGGGAGACUGGAAAAGAUGAUAACGCUAGCUCCUCCAAGAAUCAUCAGAGAAACAUCUUCCUGGUCUGGAGCCUUGAGUUGGGUCUUUUGUUACUGGCAAACGGGCUGCUUGGAUCCAUUUUCGCUAUCCUCGCUUCGUAUAACACUCAUGAGUUGCCUGAUUGGAAUGGCAAGACAGGAGUUAAUAUCACUCUCAACGCUCUUAUUGCUGUGAUUGCUACCAUCUUCCGCGCUACCAUAGCCUUCGUGGCCUUGGAGGUCUUGGCCCAGCUGAAAUGGGACUGGAUCGCCAAGACAUUCAGGCCCGUGGGCGAUAUGCAGCGCUACGAUGAUGCGUCCCGAGGCGCAUUGGGCUCAUUGAUGCUCACCCCUGUCGUUUUAAAGCACCAACCGCAGGCCAUUCUGGCCGUGAUAGUCGUUGUUGCUUCUCUAGCUAUCGGACCUGUCACUCAACAGGCAAUACAGCCGCAGUAUUGCGCUCAGGUUGCUCCAGAGCGGUUGGCGACGAUCACUGUGGCUAAUGAAGUCGACGGUGACCGUUUGUACUACCAGGAGCGCCCGCCCCAUGUGGAAGCUUCACGUCGGAUUACAAGCAGCAAUUCAGGAUGCCGUGGUUAA